GGGGUGCGGUCGCAGUGGCCCGUCUGAAGCCAGAGCUGAACCCAGGGCACCAGCAGUGCGCGCCCGCGCCUGCCCUCCUCCGCUCUCCAGGUCUCUGCGGCCGACCUACACGUAGGUUAGUGUGAUCUCAACUCAAGGCAAACCCUGGCUACCAUGGCAUCUCCCUGGGUUGGACAACGAGGGACAGUGAGAGAUUACCCAGGCUUUAGCCCUUCAGUGGAUGCUGAAGCUAUUCGGAAAGCCAUCAAAGGAAUUGGAACCGAUGAGAAGACACUCAUCAGCAUUCUGGCUGAGAGGUCAAGUGCACAGCGGCAGCUGAUCUCCAAGGAAUACCAAGCAGCAUAUGGGAAGGAGCUGAAAGAUGACUUGAAGGGUGAUCUCUCUGGCCACUUUGAGCAUCUCAUGGUGGCCCUUGUGACUCCGCCAGCAGUGUUUGAUGCAAAGCAGCUGAAGAAAUCCAUGAAGGGUACUGGAACAGAUGAAGCUACCUUGAUUGAAAUCUUAACCACCAGGACAAGCAGGCAAAUGAAGGAAAUAUAUCAGGCCUACUAUACAGUGUAUAAGAAGAGUCUUGGAGAUGACAUUAGCUCUGAAACAUCUGGUGACUUCCGGAAAGCUCUGUUGACUUUGGCAGACGGAAGACGAGAUGAAAGUCUGAAAGUGGAUGAACAUCUGGCCAAAAAGGACGCCCAGAUUCUGUACAACGCUGGUGAGAACAAAUGGGGCACAGAUGAGGACAAGUUCACCGAGAUCCUGUGUCUAAGGAGCUUCUCUCAGCUAAAGCUAACCUUUGAUGAAUACAGAAAUAUUAGCCAGAAGGACAUUGAGGACAGCAUAAAAGGAGAAUUAUCGGGGCAUUUCGAAGACUUACUGCUGGCCAUAGUGGGUUGCGUGAGGAACAUGCCUGCAUUCUUAGCUGGAAGACUGCAUCAGGCUUUAAAGGGUGCUGGGACCGAUGAGUUCACUCUGAACAGAAUCAUGGUUUCAAGAUCUGAAAUUGAUCUUUUGGACAUUCGAGCCGAGUUCAAGAAACAAUAUGGCUAUUCCCUACACUCAGCAAUUCAAUCAGAUACUUCUGGAGAUUACGAAGCCACGCUCUUGAAGAUCUGUGGAGGAGAUGACUGAGGACGGACUCCACACUCACCACACCCUCAAUGGGCUCCACUCACUUCUUUCUCAGUCAUGUGCACAACCUGCUGCCCUAACAGAAGUGUUCACUGUUGCUUAACAACAUCACGGGUGAAAAUGACAAUUUUAGAGCCUCUCAUUCAUAAUACUGUAGCUUAUAAAUAAGAUUUAACCUGGCAGAAGGAUCUACUACUAUUAUCAAGUGCUGCUUAGGGACUCAAAAUCUGAGUGUCAUUCUAAGCUGCUAAAUACAGAGACCUAAUUAAAAAAAUGUUGCUUUUGUUAAAGGUAAUUUGCCUGUUUUUUAGAAUUUACCAACAUUGCAUGGUGCUCAGGGCCAACAACUAAGCACACUUUAAAAUACACUUUUAAAAAAAACACACUUUUGUUACAAAAACUUGAUGGGGAGCAGGGGGGUUGUGUAUGUGGCCUAAGACACUGCUUGAAAGGUAUGCAUUCCAUAUCAGAGUGUCUGGGUUUGAGUCCUGGCUCUGCUCUUCCAUAUCCAGCUUUGUCGAAUGCUGUGGUGAUAGUUCAAGGGUUGGGUCCCUGUCACCACAUAGGAAACCUGCAUUGAGUUCCAGGCUUCAGUCUGGAUCAACCCAGAACAUUGCUGACACUGAAGGAAUGAACCAGUAGAUAGGAGCUCUCUCUUUCUGUCUCUCCGCCUCACAAAUAAAAAGGCUGUUGCUUCAGUUUAUGUAUUACUUUAUUAAGCAUUCCCUUUAAGAGUGGAAUAGGAGCUAGUGUUGUGGUUCAGUAGGUUAAACCACCGCUUACAAUGUCAGCAUCCCAUCUCAGGGUACUAGUUUGAGUCCCUUGUGCCUCACUUUCAAACCAGCUCCCUGCCAGUGUGAGAAAUCAGUGGUGAAUGGCCCAAGUACUUGGGUUCCUGCAACCCAUGUGGGAGAACAGGAUGAGGUUCCUGGCUCCUGUCUUCAGUCUGGCCCAUCUCUGGCUGUUAUAGACAUUUGAGGACUGAACUAGAAGAUGGGAGAUAGAAUGUAUGUGUAUGUGUGUGUUUG